GAAAGAUGGCGCUGGACGGGAGAAGAUGGAGUUAAACUUUAUCCGAAAUCUGGAACAGUCGUUAUCUACACCUGCAAUCAGCGGAAUCACUUUAUCUGCUCACUGAGAGAUAACGGCAAGAGGACGAAGGGUCGGCGGUCGCUCGUGAAGGAGCACGCGGGCAGAUUUUAGUGGACGUUAGCAAGUGUGUUAACCAGAGAGGGAAAAGAAGGAAAAGCGGGCAAAGUUUAUUCACUUUAAGCAAGAGUCAAGACUGAUCUUCACCAAACUCGGGCUUUAACUGCAGGAAAUCAAUCAGAGGUCAUUGAUAGCCCUGAGGAUCACAUGAUCAACGGGGAGGAGGAGCAGGAGGAAGAGGAGUGAGACACGAGCUAGAUUGAGUUUCCUUGGCGACUGGAGGGACACACUCAGGGCGAUGACUCUGGAGAAUGCAGCAUGCACACUCGAGAAUGCUCAGGGCCUGAGAACUUGUUAAUGAGUACAUCACUGACACUCCAACUCCAGUUUCAGGACUAACAAGCAGUGUAUGGAAGCACACUGAUCUCCCAGAAUGACGAGUGCUGCUCCACCCCGGAAACCGUACCGAAAGGCACCUCCGCAGCACCGCGAAUCACGCCACACUGUGCCAGUGUUCAGAGAGGAUGUAAGCCGGAAUACUCUGCCGUCCGUCAAUCCUGCGCCGUCAGCCCAGCCUGACACCUGCCAGGAGUCCUUAUCAGAUGCCGACAGGAUCAAGAUCCUCCAGCAGCAGAAUGAAGACCUUCGUUGCCGUCUAUCCCAGACCACUCAUAACAUGGAAGCAAUGGAGACGGAGUUUGAGACCAGUCGACAUUACAUGCAGGCAGAGUUGGGUCGCACCAGAGACGACCUGGAGAAAAUGAGGGACAAAUUCAGAAGACUGCAGAACAGCUACACAGCGUCUCAGAGAGCUAAUCAGGACCUGGAGGAGAAACUACACACCUUGCUCCGUAAGGUGGAGAGAGACAAGAAGACCAUGGAUCAAGAGAUAGUGGAGCUCACGAAUAAACUAGUGGAUGCCAAAAACACUAUCGACAAGCUGGAGGAACUGAAUGAGCGCUAUCGGCAAGACUGCAAUUUGGCCGUGCAGCUGUUGAAGUGCAAUAAGUCGCAUUUCAGGAACCACAAGUUUGCAGAUUUGCCAUAUGAGCUGCAGGACAUGGUGAACAAGCACAUGAAGAGCAACUUGCCGAACAAGACUCGGGGCUCUCCAGGAGCUCAUGUCCAGGACCCUGACACUCUGAGCCUGACCCCUGCAGAUGUUGUGCCCACUUCAGUCAUUGCCCGUGUUCUCGAGAAGCCGGAGCCCCUUGUGCUUAACUCAGCCCAGUCUAGCAGCAGUGCAGGUCGGCCAGUGGCUGAGGAUGUGUUUGUACAUGUGGAUAUGACAGGAACCCAAGAUGGCAAUGGAGGGAACGAGAAUGGGGGACCUGUUCAUGGCAGGCCUCCUUUAGGACCUGGUUCUGAACAGCAGCAUGUAAAUGGCAUGUGUCGAAGCCAUGGAAGCCUAGAUUGUCCAACCGGUGAAGAUGGGACAGCACCCUCCUUUGAGAAGCUGAACCCUUACCCAGCCCCUCUGCCACCACAUCCACUUUACCCUGGUCGCAAAGUGAUCGAGUUCUCUUCAGAUGAAAAAGUAAAGAUCCCCAAGAACAGCCCACUGCCCAAUUGCACCUAUGCGACUCGUCAGGCCAUUUCACUUAGUCUUGUGCAGAAUGAAGAGGAAGCAGCCGAGCGUCAGCGUACCGUUCCCAAUAGCCCUGCUCUAUCUGAUGGGGGUUGGCGGUCAGGGACAUCAUCAUCUUCCUGUGGACGUCAUGCUUCUCACCAACGAACGCCUGCAAAGAUGGAUGCCACGGACACACUCUCCAGUUAUUCAAGCCCCUUUAGCAGUCCUCCUCAGCCCCCCAGCGCCUUCGCCAGCUCAGGUAGCUCCGAGGAGGACCUACUGGCCAACUGGCAGCGCAUGUUUGUGGAAAAAAUGGCGCCAUCCACAGAAGGCUCCCUUGUCAACCGCACAUCUUUUAGUUGCGAGACGGUAAAGGAUCUCCAAAGAGGUUGCAAUGGGAAAUCAGGGGUAGGGGUCCUAAGAGGUGCUUACUCUGAUGGUGAGGAGGGAUCCUCGGCCCAUAGCUGGACAGCAAGUAGAGAGUCGAGUUUGGAUACAGACACCAGCAGUUUGGCAGACCUCCGUGCAAAGAAGACACAAUAUGGUGGUGACUUUUCCCAGGAGGAGGGCGAACAUCUUCUAAUGGCCCUUGAUCCACUUGACAAUGAUGGUGCUAGUGGUGAUACCAUGGUCACCGUAGAGAGCAGUCCAGCCUCUGCUAAGCAUCAGGAGUUUGCAGAAGAUGCAGACUCUGUAGGAAGUUCAGCCGAAGAACGAGAUAUCCUAACCCAGGACUUUCCUGUCAUUGGCUCAAAGGUCGUAGCUGCCCUUGAGGAUUAUGCAGACAAGCCCCCUCGGACUGGCUCCUCACGACCUCUGAAGAGCCCCAAGAGGAUGGGGGUUCAUCAUUUGAACCGCAAAGACAGCCUUACCAGAGCCCAAGAGCAUGGAAACUUGCUGGACUAAGACUUGCAGCCUCACUCUUUUCUUUUUCUUUACUUUGAGUGCUCUUCGUCUUACUAGCAAUCACUAGUCAUUGCAGCACACAACAAGGGAUCGGACCAGCAUUGCUGCAGUCAUCCCUGACCAUGUCACUGUUGCUGAGGCAUCAUUGUAAGUCUUCUGUCCUUUCUCCACGGGGCAUGGAGCGCUCUUAUCUGUGGAACCUAUGGUACUGAUGGAAUCUGUGAUGUACCGUAAAUCCAGUUGCAGCUUCAUUAAGUCAGACUAGUUAGUGGCACCCCACAUCAAGAGGACAGUGCUUCAGAGAUUAUAGAAGAAUAUUGUAGUGGGAUUUAAGUUGAUUUUCCCUGCUCCAAGACUUGGCUUCGGCUUGGUGUGACAUGAUUGAGUGGGCGACAACAGUACAUAGCCAUCCAAUCACAUCUCUGAAAGAGGAAGAGUUCUUCAUUGAAGAUGAGAUAGAACAGCUCAAGAACGGAUCCCUGUAGCAUGUUACGGACAUGGAACACCUUACAAAAUGGAUGUUUUGCCAUUUUCUUUUGCCCUAGGGUGAGCCUUUUUUCCCCAGAUAAUGAUAUAUAUCCAGUAUCCCAGUACAAGUUGCUGGAAAUGGCACCAAAUGGCCCAAAACUUAGCAGAUGCCACAGGUAUUCUGCUGGUUGAAGCAAGUUUGAUGGGAUCUAUGGUUUCUCUCAUCAAUUUUCAGUGCCUAACCCUUGCUCUGACAGAGCGGGCUCUCCAUCACUCUUUAAAUGAACAUCUUGUUCCUUUAGUUGGCUUUUGGUCAUCAUAAACUGAGGAUCCUUCAACUCAAAGUUUCAGACAGUUACCUCUCUUCAUCGAUCUACCACUGUAUUUCAAUACCUAAAGACAGCUUUUUACUUUAAUAAUAUAAAUUAUGAUUUUCAAUUUAGUGUCGGUAUAUUGGUUUAAUGAUCAAGUACUUGGAUAUACUUCCUGAUUUUCAUUCUCACUUGUUUUAUUUGACUAAUGAUAUCCAAAACUUAUGAUUUUAAGUAUAUAGAUUUUUUUUGUGUGUGUAUUUAUUUGUCUUUUUGCUGUUUGAGAGUCUAAAGUGUCCCGUUACUCCUCCUCAGAGCUGUUAAGCACUUGCAGACAUUUAUAAAAAGCACACAGAAAACAGAUUCCUGAUUUGAAAUGGGAUGGUAUACAAAUCCUGAUAUUAUUACUUGUGCUACUGGACUGCAAUAUCAGUUAAACCCAAACAGUGCUGUAUUUCACAUAAUUUCAUGCAGCAAUCCAAAAAAAUAAAUAUUCAGCCAUAUUUUCAGAGAUCAGUAUUUAAGAGUAAGGCUGAAAUCUUUGGAUACGUCAUUGAUGUUUCGUGUCCUCUAAUUUUAGGAUGUAUUGUGUCCCCUCGCUGCUAAGAGCAGAUUGCCAUUCAGAGGGUGUAUUAACAUUUCAAAAACUAUGCAUCUAGCAAUGUAGAAAAAUACCACAAAAACUUGAAUCAUAGCCAAGCAUUGUAUACAAUAUGGUAACAUUACUGACUUUUAAAUUAAGUUGCAUACAGUAGACUAAAAAAAGCACACUAAAACCAGUCAUUUUGGCCAGAAACAUGCUUUUGUUGUAUAUUUGUUCAAAUCCUGAAGCCAUGUUUUGAUCUUAACGAAUGUAAUCAUCUUUAUGUAGCUUCCAUUUUCACUGGUUCUUCAUUAUUCUCAAACUGAUCAUACCUGCUAUAUGUAUUUUUGGGGGAAUGUGCAUCCCAACAUCAUUUGGUGUGUUUUUGUGUGCAUUUUUGUGUGGAAAUCUGAAUUACCUAGAUUUUUUCUGAUCAGUCUGUCCAACGGAUACUUUAUACAGAGGUUAUUAUUUUUUUUUUUCUGUUCUGAGUAUUCCAGUUGUAAAUUUCAGUCAUUUCAUUUCAAAUAGCUUUUUAAUAUUUAAUUACAUUUAUCAGCUUUUCUUAAGUAAUGAAUUUCAGAUGCAACCACUACGAGCAUCCUCACUCUUGUGUUUUGUUUCUAUAUUUUAGAGAUUAAAAUCUGUAUUGCCUUUUUAAGUGCUGCUUGCUUUGAGCUCUUUUUAUUUGCAAUGCGUUUUAGUCUUUAGACCUCUCACUAGCCAGAUGUCCCACAACAUACUGUACACGGGUCAAGUAAUUAAUGCAGUAUUGUACUUUGUGUUUAAAAUUGUAAAAAUCUUUUUUGGGACUUUGACACACAAUACCCUCCACCUUUACUGACUGAAAGGAACAGUUCACCCAAAAAUAACCCUUUAAGACUUCUGCAGUACUGAUGAUAUGCAGCACAGUAAUCUCCAGGUAAUGUGUAAGAGUAUCUUGUGUAUUUUAGAUUCUUAUAUUGGUCUUUUAUUUAUGAACAUAUCAACCAUUUGGAAGUGAGGUACAACGGUGUGUAUUAUGUUUAGCAGUAUUCCUGAAGGGUGGUCAGACUUUUGUAAAAGUGCAUUUAAAAAUGCAGCUACAUGUUUCUCAGAAAAGGCCAGAAUGUGUAAUCCAAGGGCUCCCAAGUCCAUACUUGCUGUUUUCUUGUCUUACACUUUGGUCUUAGUACGUAGAAUUCAUCCUUUUUUUUUUUUUCUUUUUUUUUUGCAGUAUAUGAGGGUACCACUAAUAGCCCAUGAUUAAUUAAAGUGUAACGGCCCACCAUUCUGAAAAAUUAAUAUUUUAUCAUGUUCUAAAAUAGCUCUGUGAUGUUUUAAAGAGACAGCGUACAGCCUGUCAGGGUAUUGCAUAUGGAAAUGGACGCCCUUAAAUACUUCAUCAGAUGUUACAUAGACACCAGAUAGUGCACAUAAAGAAAAUAACAAAUAAUGGCUAGGACGUGUAUAAAUAUGCUGAGCUUUUUUCUUUUUGCCUGCUGCAGCUUUAAUCACUCAGAAAUGUUAUUGCACACAUCAGAGACUUGCACAUCUUCUCUUUAAUCCAAGGUGACCCUCCUGGGGUGCUGCAUGCAAAUCAUGCAAAAUUUCACUGAGAAAUCUUAGAAAAGAAACAAAUCUAAAGGUUGUCCUCCUACCUAAUACGCCAGUCCUCCACCCACCCAAAGUAAAAAAAAUAAAAAAAACCUUCUCAUGUUAUCUCUUUAACCUUCAAGACGGUCUGUAAUCUGUGCACCUUUUCCUUUGAUCUGAUAAUUGAACAUUUUAUUCAUCAGUCGACCAGCUUUCAUCUAUACAUCAAGAUUUAUAAUGGCAAGUCAUAUUGGGAAGUCUUAAAUUAGCCUUUGCUAUUGACUAAUGAUCCUGCUUUAAUGUCGAUAUGAAAUCAAAAUUGACCCUCUUGAUAUACGUUUUGUCUUAUUGUGCAAGGUUAGUCAGUGCACGUUAUUCCUAAGAAAAAUAAAAUGUCUUAAUAAUGUUACUUCAGAAUGCAAUAACUUGCUCUGCCUGUGAAAUUAAUUUCCUUUUUCCACUAAUGUCAUCUAGGACAUGUGGGCUGUUGGUUUGUUAACCAAUAACAAAAUACCUGUUUAGGCCUUGUUUUUAGCAAAGUCUCAUUCAGGUUUGGCUUCAUGCUUCACUUUUUGUGAUCCAAUCCUUUUCAUAUGGAUCUCAAAUGUCUUGUUGCAAUCAGAAAUGUCACAUUUUGAAAUAAAAUGUUGCAAAUGUUGUAUCAUGUUGACUUUAAACAUUCUUUUAUUUAGAUUUCUUUAGUAAUUUAACGCUUUUGGUAUUUGCUGUUUGUUGAUUCAUUUGCUUUGAUUAUCUUAGAUCUUUAUUAUGGUGAUAACAUUUCAAAUCAUUAAAGGGGAUAUUUCAAGGGUGCAAAAACUAAGCAGCAUGGAGCCCAUUUAUUUCAUGUUGAUGGUAAUGGUUCACUCAAUUGCAUUUUAGAUGUGUAUAAUUCAAUUUUGUGGUUUGUUGAUUAAAUUUGUCUGUAAAUCUUUGGCCAGAUUUUUGGUGCGUACUCUACAUACCUUGUCACUCAGUCUUACAAAUGUACUGUAGCAAUAUGGUGCUUUUCCCUUGUCUUAUGUUCCUUAGAUGUUUUUUUUUUAUUAUUUUAUUCCAUCAUGGUUUCCAUGGUUGUGUAGAUGUACUAUUCACAUUUUAUUUUUCCCAUUAAGAAAAAAAAAAAAGGCUUAUAACUGGACUAAUUUUAUUUUCUGAAUUUGUAAACUGAUGUAUAUUUUAAAACAAAUAAAACUAUUUUAAAAGUAAUCAGUUUGAGCUGUACACUAAGUGUACUUUGAUUAGCUCA